UAUUAAUAUAGCUUUAGCUUAUGGUGCUCUUGGUGCUUCAUCAGGAUGGGCAUUGAUGCACUGUACUGAUCUAAAAUAUGCCAGGGUGGCGUUUGGACUAUACCUUGCAAAUGGAAUCGUUGGCGUAGUUGACUAUAUCAUUAGACAAACGUGGUUAGAGAAAUAGCAAGAUGUGUUGCGUUCAUCAGUGUUUCCACAAUCUCGAGUUGAUGUAUUAAACAGCGAGUUUUUUAACCAAUAGUGACAUCAAUGUCCAAAGUGAAGCAUUUGCUGGCAGCCAUUGUUCGAUGGUCGUUACCACUCUAUCUCCCUCUCAUUGCUGCCGAGGCCAUUCUCCUUGCCGGGCUCGACGAGAUCUAUGCCUACUGCCAUCUGGUGAUGCCUCUAACCUACCUUCUUCUGAAAGAAUUACUCAAGAAACACGUGAAAACAGAAUUCCUGGAUUGUACGUUUUGCCGAGAUCCAACUCGAACGUGAGGCGCAUAUUGGAUGCCCUUGGCCGAUGGUCUCGACCUCUGUACACCCCACUCAUCGCUGCUGAGGCCAUCCUCUAUGCGGGUUUUGAGGAGAAGUACUCCUACUUCCACCUGGUGUUUCCCGUGGGCUACCUCGUCCUCACCGAACUGCUCAAAAAGAACAUCAAGUCAGACAUGCUCGACUUGAGCACCAUCCUGAAUUCAGUCUCCAUCUGCUAUUCUUCGUUCUUAAAAGAAGAUGCCGUCGGAGCUCUGUGUGCUCUACUGAACCUGACAGCGUUCAUGGGCACCUCGUACAACUCCAUGGAGUAUUUCGUGCUAAUUGCAGCUGCUAACCUUGCAGCUGUCCAAUUCUUCAAACAGCUAUUGUUCUGAGCUAUUAGCACUCUACAUGUACUUAUAGCAUUGCAAUUUACAAUUUGACUGUGAUUGUUUCCUAAAUAUUUUCAUUUUCUCUGUGAAUUUAUGUUUUGUUUGAUAUAAAGUGCUCUGUGAUUAUUCGUGAUUUGUAAUUUUCAUUAUUGCAAUAAUUGACAAAUGAAGAGUAAUAAAUAAAUACAUUCUAUAUAUA